GAUGUGAAAACGACGCCGGUUUUGUGAAAGUCUGUUGAGCCAAACGAAUCAGAGAAAACGCCCGCCCAACGUGUUCCUUUUUCACCCUCACAAAUUCUUCCCCCACACCUCACCAUCCUCUCUCUCUCUCUUUCUUCUCAGCAAUCGCUCGCCUGCACCAACGCAUACUCCAUUUUCUUUUCCUUUCUUUUCUUUUCUUUUCUUUUCUCGCAAACAUUUCUUUUUUCCUUUCUUUUUCUGUCUUUUUGUACGGACACCAGCUCCCCAACUAACCAGCAAAACAGCUUUUAUAUUCUUCGCUCCUGGUGCUGCACGCUUAACUCCAACCACAAAUUCCAUUCCACGAACGGAAAUUAAAUUAAAAAAAAAGAUAAAAAAGGAAAAGAAAAGAGAAACUCUGAAAGGACUGUAUAAGCAUGGGAGAGAGUUCAAUGGGUGGGGCACUUGUCCCCACCGCAACUAAAUCCGAACAACCACCAUCAUCGCCGGAAAGCACCGCUCCUUUGCCUCCGCCGACCGCUCCACUUCCUUCUCCUCCUCCUCCUCCUCCUCCUCCCCCUCCUCUUCUUCCUUCUCCACCUGCGAUGCCGCCGUCCGCAGCGAAGGAAGAGGCUGCGUUGGAAGCUGACGCGGACAAGGACAUGCUAUGUCCGAUAUGCAUGCAGCUAAUCAAGGAUGCUUUCCUGACGGCUUGUGGUCAUAGCUUUUGUUAUAUGUGCAUUUUGACUCAUCUUCGAAAUAAGAGCGAUUGUCCUUGUUGUUCUCAUUAUCUCACUAAUAGUCAUAUCUUCCCUAAUUUUUUGCUUAAUAAGUUACUGAAGAAAACCUCUGCUCGUCAAUUAGCAAGGACUGCAUCUCCGGUAGAACAUCUUCGUCAAGCAAUACAGCAGGGUUGUGAGGUGUCAGCUAAGGAGCUAGAUGGCUUGUUGUCUCUACUUGUUGACAAGAAGAGAAAGAUGGAGCAAGAAGAAGCAGAGACAAACAUGCAGAUUCUACUUGAUUUCUUGAACUGCCUAAGGAGGCAAAAGCUUGAAGAGCUUAAUGAGAUUCAAAAUGAUCUUCAAUAUAUUAAGGAGGACAUAAAUGCUGUAGAGAAACGUAGCAUAGAAUUGUAUAGGGCGAAAGAGAGAUGCUCGGUAAAACUGAGGAUGCUUGUUGAUAAUUCCUUUGCGGCAAAAACCUCGCCUUCAUUGAUUGAUGAACAUAACAAUAGCAUCAUGUCUGGUGCUCACAAUUUACGAGGCUGGAUGGGUUCAGCCAGUUUCCAGAACAAUGUUGAUGUGAAAGCUCAAACGAGUUCACAGGGUAUCAGGAGUAAAGAUGCCUAUGGUGGUUCAGAUUUAGUGUACGAGACUAAUUCAGGAUUGGCUGCAGCAAGAAAGAGGCGGGUCCAUGCACAGUUUAAUGACCUACAAGAGUGCUACUUGCAAAAGCGGCGGCAUUGGACCAAACAAUUUCAUAAACAGGAAGGAAAAGACCCAAAUGCAAUGAAUAGAGAAGGUUAUAAUCCUGGUCUUGAGGAUUUUGAGUCUGUGUUAACUACUUUUACACGAUACAGUCGAUUGAGAGUCAUUGCUGAACUUAGGCAUGGUGAUAUUUUCCACUCUGCUAACAUUGUCUCAAGCAUAGAAUUUGAUCAUGAUGAUGAGCUAUUUGCUACUGCUGGAGUGUCAAGGCGCAUCAAGGUUUUUGAGUUUUCCUCGGUUGUGAAUGAACCAGCGGAUGUGCACUGUCCUAUUGUUGAAAUGACCACACGAUCUAAGCUUAGUUGCUUGAGUUGGAAUAAGUACACAAAAAACCAUAUUGCUAGCAGUGAUUAUGAUGGGAUAGUAACUGUCUGGGAUAUAAGGACUCGGCAGAGUGUGAUGGAAUACGAGGAACAUGAAAAGCGAGCUUGGAGUGUUGAUUUUUCUCGCACUGAACCUUCAAUGCUUGUAUCUGGUAGUGAUGACUGCAAGGUCAAAAUUUGGUGCACAAAGCAAGAAGCGAGUGUUCUUAAUAUUGACAUGAUAGCAAACAUCUGUUCUGUCAAGUACAAUCCCGGAUCCAGUGUUCAUGUUGCAGUCGGUUCUGCUGAUCAUCACAUUCACUAUUAUGACUUGAGAAAUGUCAGCCAACCGCUGUAUGUGUUUGGUGGGCAUAGGAAAGCUGUUUCAUACGUGAAAUUUUUGUCCAACAAUGAAUUGGCUUCUGCAUCUACUGACAGUACACUGCGGUUAUGGGAUGUAAAAGAAAAUUUACCACUACGUACUUUUAGAGGUCACAUGAAUGAGAAGAAUUUUGUGGGUCUCACAGUAAACAGUGAGUAUAUUGCUUGUGGCAGCGAGACGAAUGAAGUAUUUGUUUACCACAAGGCUAUCUCUAAACCUGCAGCUUGGCAUAGAUUUGGUUCUGACAUGGCUGAUGCUGAAGAGGAUGCCGGAUCUUACUUCAUCAGUGCCGUAUGUUGGAAGAGUGAUAGUCCCACAAUGCUGACAGCAAACAGUCGAGGAACAAUCAAAGUGCUUGUUCUCGCAGCCUGAUUGGUUGCCACCAAACUUUCUCCCUUAAGUAAUAUGCUUUCAUCCUCUGAAAGCCCCAUCUUACCAGAAAUGGACUGCAGGGGAACUGAAAUGGACCCGAGGGCAACGAUGUUGCAGGCACCCAAUCCCAGUUUCCAAACUCAUUUCUUCUUUAUUCAAACUUUUUCCUCUUACCUUAUCAAUUGAGAUGGGCUAAAAAAAAGUUAUCUCA